AUGACGUCAUUCUGUGUAGUGGACCAAGCUGUUAAUAUGAUGAAACAUGUAGAAACUUAUAUCAAUGUGGGCAUGGAACUAGCUAUUGAUGUAGCCAGUGAUUUGGGAGAAUAUGAAAAAGGAGAUUGUGAAGAAGAACUGAAUGAAGUCAUGUUAGAUUAUAUUAGAAUGCAGAGAGAUUUUAAACAAUUUAUAGACUCAGUUGAAUACAUGAAAAAAAAGGUUGGGGCAAAUUUUAAAACGGCGGAGGUAGUGAAAAUGGAGUCUAUUCUACACGAGAGAGUCGCAGAAUUAAAAUCAACCAAUGAUGAUAGUUUAUUUAAAGAACACGAAAAAUAUCGCGACCUAGUGGAGAAAAUACACGAAGUUAGAAAUACCGAUCAAAUAAAUACAGAAACAAGGGCAAUAACUCAGGGUGAAGAAGAUGAAGACGUACAAAUGACGGAAGAUAACGUAGUAACAAAAUGUCCAUAUACAGCUCAAGAAAUGACAAACCCUGUUAAAAAUAAAAUUUGUGGUCAUAAUUAUGAAAAAGAUGGUAUUUUGGAAUAUAUCUCCAACAGAAAACACAAAGCAAAGUAA